CAGCGGCGAGGCGGCCGGCGAGGAGACAUGAGCCCGCUCCAGCCCUGGGUCACGCUCCUGCUCUCGCUGCUGCUGGAGUGUACAGAGGCCAAAAAGCAUUGCUGGUACUUUGAAGGAUUGUAUCCUACAUAUUAUAUAUGUCGCUCCUAUGAGGAUUGCUGUGGUUCAAGAUGCUGUGUAAGAACUCUCUCUAUCCAGCGACUAUGGUAUUUUUGGUUCCUGCUGAUGAUGGGAGUUUUGUUCUGCUGUGGAGCUGGCUUCUUCAUCCGAAGGCGGAUGUAUCCUCCUCCGCUAGUCGAAGAACCUACUUUUAACGUGUCUUACACCAGGCAACCAGUCAACACUGCGUCAGGGUCACAACAACCUGGGAUGCCGUAUUACACAGAUCCAGGCGGACCUGCGAUGAAUCCCAUGGCGAUGGCUUUCCAUGUCCAGCCCAAUUCCCCGCAGGGGAACCCAGUUUAUCCUCCCCCACCUUCCUACUGCAACACGCCGCCUCCCCCCUAUGAGCAGGUGGUGAAAUCCUCUACGUGAGAACUCUGUGGCGCUCGGACCUGACUCUGUGAGAAGAAGGUGCCAUUGCAAAGUGACAGAGAUGGAGGGCAUCUGCCCUUUUGAACACUUGCUGGUUCUCUCAGUCCUCUCUCCCUCCCUUCCCUGCACCUUUCCUCAUUAAAGUUACUUGCAAAGGGGUGAUUUUUAAAUUUUUUGGUUUUGUUUUUGCAGUAGAGGUGGAUUUUUUUUUCUUUUGUCUUCAUAAUGAGAAAAGUCGUCUUUGUAAUGCUUUUAAUGGAAACCUAUAUUUAAAACAUGUAUGUCUUUCUCUUUAUUUAUUGUUCCGACUGUGUGUAUUAUUGCAUUGUGGCAGGAUACCAGGGACAGUUCUUUAUGCGAUCCCAAAGUGAUGUAUGCUCUCCUAAGCCCCGAUUAGAAGGAAUGUCCUAAUUUAAAGGAGUUGAAAGUUAGAGAGGCUAAAUGUAGAAGAGGCCGGCUGUGCUUUUACCAGGGAGAGUGACAACCAUCAUUUUCACUUAGAGAUUUCUUGCAAAGCUCUGUUCUGAUGAACAAGAGUGAUGCACUGGGACAGAAGCCACUAAGGGAGAGGGACACCAGUGUGGACUGGGUCAUGGCAGUGGCUUUGCCUCAGAAGAGAGGACUUGGUUGCUAUAAAUGAAGGAGAAGGACCAAGGCCUCAGUGCUUCUUGGCCAGCGACUGGACUCUGCCUGUGGCCUCUUCAGCCUGGCUUCCCUUCUCUUUUGAUGCCCUAAGGGUUUUGUUUUGUGCUGUAGCCAGAGGUGAGAUUGUAGGAAAUGGCUAAUGACUUAAAUGCCAGGAGUGAGUGGGGAAUGUUAUAAUGUUGGAGCUACUCGUGCUUGUGCCACUAGAUGUGUUCAGAAAUACUGAAAAAUAGAAAAUAAGAAAUAGAAAAAAAAUCUUUYCCUAGACUGAAAAAUGAUUGUAACAGAAAGGAAAAGGAGCCCCCUUCCAAGUUCGUUCUCUUUGAAACUGGUGGGAAUUUUGUCACUGGGAAAUCAUCGUUUUGUUAUGGCCUUACUGCAGCCACCAAGUUACCCAUAGCUGACCUGUUGUCUCUGGGUGGCAGGUUUGGGAUACACUCUCCCUCCUGUGCUAGCGUCACACAGCCUUUUUGCAAGCAUCUCCCUAGCCCAGCACACGGAUGUUUGGGCUUUGCAACUGCUGCUGGCACUUAGAUCCCUGUUCACUCUGCUGUGCAGAUUCCCAGGGUCCCAAUUCAUGCUCAGGGCUGUUGCCACCAUCCCACACAAAGCGUUUUUCCUGGGAGAGCUGUUAGGUGAGUUCAUCUCCAGCAAGACUGAAAGCCACACAGAGGAGUGACUGCCUCUCAGUGGCCUCUUCUCACCUGCUGCGUAGUCAGAGUGAUUGAUAAUGAUAAUGAUCGCUCAUUGAUAAUGAGUGAAAAAGAGAAAAUCCCACUGCUUUGCUGCUGAAGGAUUUGCAGGAGCGGCACAGCUGAGAGUUAGGAGCUGGGUCUGGCCUUUGGGCCCCAGGUCAAUUACUGCUUCCUCACUGCCACUCCAGCUUGGGUAUGGAGGGCACAGGGGCAAUCUGAAGUAAUCCAAAAGAGCCAUGUUGCUCAGGGAGCAAAAGUUUUGUUGUGCUAUUGAUGCACCUUCUUGCUGCCAGCAGCUUGUGAGAAUUUGUUCCUGGAGAGCAAGCUAAAUUUGCAAAGUUGACAGAAAAAGACAUCCUUUUGAUUAUGCACGAGUUGACUUACCAGGCAAAUCACUAAGGGACGUUGUGUUUCUGAAAGCUGCUGGUGCUGUUAAUAGUCAUUUACUGAAGCAGAACUAACUUUUGCA